AUGAUCAAUGAAAGUUUUCCAGUUGGCUUUAUCCUACUUGGCUUCUCUGAAUGGCCCGAGCUAGAAAUGAUUCUCUUCUGGAUUGUCGUCUUCUUCUAUACCAUGAUCAUCCUAGGAAACAUGACCAUUAUCUUGCUCUCUUGCAUAGACCCUCACCUCUACACCCCUAUGUACUUCUUUCUUAGCAAUCUUUCCUUCCUGGAGCUCUGCUUUACCACAACCACCAUGCCACAGAUGUUGUCAAACUUUUGGGGUCCAGACAAGACUAUCACCUACACAGGCUGUGUCAUCCAACUCUGUGUGUUCCUGUGUCUGGGUCCUACGGAAGGUGUCUUGCUGGUUGUGAUGGCCUUUGACCGCUACGUUGCUGUCUGCCACCCACUACGCUACACCAUCAUCAUGCACCAUCUUUUCUGUUGGAAGUUGGCACUCAUGGCCUGGUGUUCUGGCCUACUGGAAUCCCUGAUCCAAUCCUCCAUCACACUCCAGCUUCCCUUCUGUGCCCACCACCGUAUGGAUGACUUUCUCUGUGAGGUGCCGGCACUCAUACGUCUGGCCUGUGGAGACACUUCCUCCAAUGAGUGGCAGUUGACCGUCUCUGCUGUCCUCUUCACCAUCGUGCCAGUGGCAUUGAUUCUAACUUCCUAUGGCUACAUAGCUCAAGCCAUUGGGAAAAUCAGGUCAGAGGAGGGAAGACAGAAAGCCAUUGCCACUUGCUCCUCCCACCUUCUUGUGGUCUUCAUGUUUUAUGGGACAGUGGCAAUGGUUUACACAGACCCUAAGAACGACUUUGCCUCAAAAUACGGCAAGUUCUUUACCUUCUUCUAUACUGUGGUCACACCAUUAUUGAACCCUCUCAUCUAUACCCUGAGGAACAAAGAGGUAAAAGAUGCUCUACAAAGACUAUUGAGGAAGGAGAUCAGCAUAAGAAAAAUAUAG